UACCCGAUCCGAUUCCGCUGAGAAUGAAGUUCACUUUUAUUUUCGCUUACCUGGCCCUAUUUGUGGCCCACACCAGUGCCCAGACCUACUGCGCUGGGCGUCCCGGCAUUCAGUUAUGCAUAGGCGACAGGGAUGAAGGCAACAACAAUCGUGCGACGUGUCAGGAGAGAGCCAUGAGAGAAAUGUGGUGGUACAACGCACGCAUCAACGACUGCCAGAAGAUGAAGUUUUUGGGAUGUAAUGGCAACAGAAACCGCUACUGCUCCCUCGGCAGCUGUCGCAGUAGGUGCAAACGCCCCUAGGAGAAUGGGUGCCACUUGCUUUUGUCCCGAAUGAAUGAGCACUAAUAAAUAUGAAAGCCUCAGCAGACAGAAGGAAACUAGUUUUGAUCAGAAUCAGGUUGAUCCGUCUAUUAUACAGCUGUAUAG